UUAUUUCUACAAUGACGUUGCUCAGUCUUUAGUAGCCAGUUCUGCUGGGCGCUCCUCGCUUUCCUUCAGAGAGCCGCUUUUCUAAACUCAACCCCGGGAAACCAUGGCCGAGCAGGCCUCGGGAUCCACCCGGCCGCCUCAACACGACGGGGUUGAACAGGAGCAGGAUCGAACCGACUUCCUGAAGCUCAAACAACAGCUGGAGAUGGAGUUCAACCAAAAACGGGCCAAGUUUAAAGAACUCUAUCUGUCUAAAGAAGAGGAGUUGAAGAGGCAGACUGCUAUACUGGAGAAGGCCCAGGCAGAGAUGUGUAGUGUGCAAGAGGAGCUGGCCGAUGCUAAAGCGGAGAUGGAGACCAUCAAAGCCGUCGCCACCCUUUCGGAGAGCACAAAGCAGGAAGCCAUCGACCAGGUCAAGCAGCUCUGGCAGGAGGAGGUGGCGUCACUGCAAGCUAUUAUGAAAGAUGCAGAGCGGGAAUUUAAAUUGCAGUUCCAGCAGAAGUUGGAGCAGGAGCGGGCACAAUGGACACAGUACCGCGACGGGGUAGAACGAGAGAUAGCCGAGCUUCGCCGCCGUCUUUCUGAAGGGCAGGAGGAGGAAAAUUUAGAGAACGAGAUGAAGAAGGCUCAAGAGGACGCAGAGAAGCUCCGUUCGGUGGUGAUGCCGAUGGAGAGUGAGAUCGCAGCGCUGAAAGCCAAACUGUCAAGCUCAGAAGAUCGAGUUAAGGAACUGGAGGCUGCCAAGGUGAAAGAGCUCAAUCAUGUCCUGGAGGCUGAGAAGUCUUGCCGCACAGAUUUGGAGAUGUAUGUUGCGGUCCUUAACACCCAAAAAUCUGUCCUUCAAGAGGAUGCAGAGAAACUUCGGAAAGAACUCCACGAGGUGGUUCACCUGCUGGAAUUGGAGCGGCAGCAGCACAAUCAGCUGAAACACACUUGGCAGCGUGCCAACGAUCAGUUCCUGGAGUCGCAGCGGCUGCUGAUGCAAGACAUGCAGCGCAUUGAGAGUGUGCUGUCCUCAGAACAGCUGCGGCAGGUGGAGGAGAUCAAGAAGAGGGACCAGGAAGAGGAUGAGCAGGAGCGAUUGAGUCAAGCUAAAGAGGCCAGUGAGGAUGAUGGGACGGAGCAUGCGGAAGCAGUGGAGGAUUCGCUGCUUGGACUCUCCAUAGAAGAGUCUCACCUCAGUCACAGUAUUCACAGCUCUUUGCACUCUCUGGACGCAGACACCCCUGGCCGCCCGGACAGCUCUGACCCUUAUAAGGAUGGUCUUCGGAGGGUCCAGUCUACAGACAGCCUGGGUUCUUCAGGAGGAUCCUUACAGCCUCACGGCCUGGGCGGACACAACAACAAGGCCAAGUCAGCCAGCCAGCUGGACGAGUCAGACUUUGGUCCUCUAGUGGGUGCAGACUGUGGGGGCUUUGACAGUAUGGACACCUCCUCCAUUUCUUCCCUCCAGCCGGGACAUUUUCUCCUCACUAAGGACCAAGAAAAGGCCAUUAAGGCCAUGACCCCAGAGCAGGAGGAGACCGCAUCGCUUCUGUCUAGUAUUUCUCACACAGCCGAUACAGCUUACCUGCCCCCAUCUGGAUACCGGUUGGUCAGCGAGAGCGAGUGGAAUCUUCUGCAGCAGGAGCUGAAGAACGCUGGAAGGAAGUUGGGCCGGCGAUGUGACAUGUGCUCUAAUUACGAGAAACAACUGCAGGUCAUCCAGGGACAAGAGGCCGAGACACGAGAUCAGGUUAAAAAGCUACAGGCCAUCCUGCGGCAGGCGAAUGAUCAGCUGGAGCGGACGAUGAAUGAGAAACAGGAGUUGGAGGAUUCGGUCAAACAGGCCAAUGAGGACACUACUGCCAAGAUCUCGGAGCUGAAGCAGAAAGUUCAGGAGUCGGAGUCUCUCUUCAGCGCUCUCCAACAGGCCUUCAGCCAGGCCAAGAGGAACACCCAGGAACAGAUGGCUGUUCUGCUACAGUCCAGAGAGCAGGUGUCUGAGGAGCUGAACAGACUGCAGAGAGAUAAUGAAAGUCUUCAGGGCAAACACAGACUUCACAUGACACUGCAGCAGCAAGAGGACUUUCACAUGCCGACCACUGUACAGGAACUUCAGAAGCUGGUGUUGCAGUACAGGGAGGACAUUGUUUCUGCACGCACAGCAGCCGAGCAUUUAGAGGAGAAGCUGAAGGCUGAAAUUCUGUUCCUGAAGGAGCAGAUCCAGGCGGAGCAGUGCCUCAAAGAGAACCUGGAGGACACUCUACAGCUGGAGAUUGAGGGCUGUAAAGAAGAGAUCGACAUCCUGGAAGCAUCUUUUUCCAGCCUAAAGACGGAACUGGAACGAGUGAAGAGUGAGAAGGAACAGCUGGAGAGCAGCUUGGCAGAGAAGAGCCAGAUGCUGGAGAGUGUCCAGCGCCUGAAGAACAGUCUAGAAGAGCAGCUCAAAGACACCCUCGGCAGCAAGAGUGCUUUGGAGACUCAGGUGUUUGAAGAGAAAGACAAAUCACAGAGACUUCAGGCAGAGCUGGACGUCAGCGAGCAGGUCCAGAGAGAUUUCGUCAAACUGUCCCAGACCCUUCAGGUGCAGCUAGAGCGCAUUCGGCAGGCCGAGUCAUUAGACCGGAUCCGCGCCAUCCUCAACGACACCAACCUUACAGACAUCAGCCAGCUUCCAGAGACAUGAUGUCACUUCCUCAAAACCCCACUGCGUGCACAGAAACACAUGCAAUCCACCUGAACCCCACUAUCUCCAUCCAUUCAGAUCCAGUGAGGAAGUCCCGAGUGAACACUACUGACCCCAUCUACUACUGCUCUACAUGCCUUGGCAAGAGCCCGAAUGGAGACUUCCUGUCUCUCAAAGUCUUUCGCUGAAUGCGCCUUUUGAGAAAAUAUCACUGUCCCAUCUCUCUCCCCCGAUACCUCUUCUUCUUUUUCGUCUUUCCAUCCGCUAAAUAUGAAGGAAACGGACGCUUCUCAAGUGUUUUGUACAUACUUGUAUACAGAAUAUUUGUGUAUAUUGCAUUAGUUAAUACAUACACUGCGAUUCUUUUGUUUUCACAUCCGCCAUUCGAUGUAAUCACUCCUCAUUGUGUUGUUUUUCGACAUCCAUCAUCAACAGUAAAUUUUCUUUCACUUCCAGACAGUUUGAUGAGCUUUUGCUUGACGUUACUGCUACUUGGACUGAGGUUUUGCUUAUUUUUCUGUUUUUUUUUUCCUUCGCAGACAUAUCAAGUGAUAUUUAUAGAUGACUUCUGGGAUGUCCGGGUUGAUUUGUGUCGAGGAUUUGGCAACAGCACUUACACCGACCCUUCUAGAAGGUGUCUCAUGGUUCUGCUGUUUAUAUAACGAAAGCACACUAUGCUUCUGAUUUACAGUCCUUGUGGACGACCCCUGUGUUUGUGUACCAGAUUAGGAGGUACAGUAAUAUAUGUCUGUCUUGUGUGCAACGGAAUUCCGUAUGGGAUUCGAGUAACCAAAGUUGAUCAUGUUAUGACCUUAAAUACUCAACGCAGCGUAUUUGGUGAGUUUAAAUCAUCGAGGGCUAAUGGGUUUAAAUCAUUUCGUUGUUGGCUGCUGUUUUGUUUUAAGCAACGGAUGCGAGGCGGUGUAACUCAACUGCAGGAAACAAGCGUGCGUGAUUUAUGAUCCAGUUAUUGGAUUAAAUAGUAAAAAUUUAGAUUUUUUUUUAAUAAGACCAAAAGUGGCAUGUGAUUUCAGCAUGUUUUUUUUUAAAUUCGUUACAACAUGGAUUUUAGUUAAGGCUGUGCACUUACAUUUUAAAAGAAAACGUCUGUUGAUUUAAAAACAGAUGCUUAAACAUGAAAACUGGCUGAUGAAAUUGACAAUUCAUAGUUAAAGCCUGCAUGUUGAAUAUUAUGUCUGCUGAUGUGACUGUGUCAGUGAUAUUUCAAAAAUAUGGAAAAAAAAAUGUAUUAUACAAAAUAUAUAAAAUCGAAAUGCUGAUAUUUAGGACAGUUCAAAAUUGUGACAAAUUAAACGUCAAAUUUAAAAUUGAGUUACAACAGCCUAAUUUGACUAUGUAUCAUAAUUGACUUAAUAUCUUAAUUUUCAUGCAUCAUAAUUAUGACUGUUUUAAUUUGUAAUAUUCUCUACUGAUUAUUAUAUACUCAUAAUUGUUUUAGCAUCUCAAUUUUGAUUUGCUUUCAUGACCCAUUUUGAUUUUGUAGUCAGUUUUGACAAAAUGAAUCAAAACUUACGAAGUUAAAAGUUUUACACUCAUAAUCAGUUAAUUUCGUAUAUUUUCGACAUCUAAUAAUUUUACGUUCAUUUAACCUUCUCAUAAUCUUCUCAUCUCAAUUUUGACAUCAUAAUUAUGACUUGUGUUUAUAGUGGCCAGUUUUGAUGAUAUAAGAACUCAAAAAAUGAUGAAAUAGUCAUAAUUUAUUUGAUUUACAGUUGUUUGACCAUGUUGUAAUUGACCGUCUUUUCAGUUUGUUAUAAUUUUAACUUGUCUCAUAAUUGACUUCAUAUCUUUUGAAUUGUCAUUGUAUAACUCUUACUUUUGAUUUAUAAUAUACUUUUAAUAUUAAUAAUGACCAUCAUGUCAAUUUGCCAUAAUUUAUGAUAAACUCUUAACUUUUAUCCCAUUAUUGACUCCCAUAAUUUGGCUUUUUGUCAUAAUUAUUGGCUUGCAGUCAUUUAUUAAAUAAAGCCUAAAUUAUUAAAGCCAAGAUCAGUCAAGUCAGACUUAAUCAUUUUAUUUAUCACAAAGCAAACUUAAAUUUCGAAAGUCAAUAUUAGUCAAGUUAGUGUUGUCCUUUAUUGCAUAAAACAAAGCCUAAUUUAUGAAGUUCAAGAUAAGUUAAGUUAAACGUAUCCCUCUUAUUCACUGCAUAAAACAAAGCCUAAGUUAUGAAAGUCAGACUUGGUCCUUUUAUUUAUUGCAUAAAACAAAGCUUACGUUAUGAAAGUCAAGAUAAGUCAAGUCAAACUUAGUACUUUCAUUUAUUGCAUAAAACAAAGCCUAAGUUAUGAAUGUCAAGAUUUUUCAAGUAAUACUUAGGCUUUGUUUUAUGCAAUAAAUGAAAGGAAUAAGUUAUUAAAGUCAAGAUAAGUCAAGUAAAACUUAAUUUUUUCAUUUAUUGCAUAAAACAAAGCUUAAGUUGUGAUAGUCAAGAUAAAGCAAGUCAAACUUAGUACUUUCAUUUAUUGAAUAAAACAAAGCCCAAGUUAUGAAAGUCUAGAUUAGUCAAGUUAAACUCUGUUCUUUCGUUUAUUGCAAAAACAAAGCCUAAGUUAUGAAAGUCAAACUUUGUACUUUCAUUUAUUCCAUAAAACAAAGUCUAAAUUAUAAAAGUCAAGAUUUGUCAAGUCAAACUUAGUUCUUUGAUAAACAAAAUCUAUGUUAUAAAAGUUUAGAUUAGUCAAGCCAAACUUAGGUUUUGUUUUAUGCAAUAAAUGAAAGGACUAAGUUCUAACAGUCAAGAUAAGUCCUUUCAUUAAAUGCAUAAAAUAAAGCCUAGAUCAAAGCCAAGGUUUUAUUUAAUACAUAAAGCAAAGCCAAACUUAUGAAAGCCAAGAUUAGUCAAGCCAAACUUAGGCUUUGUUUUAUGCAAUAAAUGAAAGGACUAAAUAAUGAAAGUCGGGAUAAGUCAAGUCAAACGUAGUCACUUGGCAACAUUUUGACUUUGUAUUUCAUCGAAAUGAUUUCUCAAUUCAUGUUAUCUCAUAAUUGACAUGAGUCAAUUAAGUGUGUUAUGGUUACACAAGACUUUACCAACGCUACUCUACAUGACCAGUGCUGCUGUUAUAAUCUGUAUGUAAACUGAUGAUGAUGAUGAAGCUCUUCAGUAUGAAUAUGUGCAUUAUAAUAAGACCAUGUGUGUUGUGGUGGUGUUUAUUUUAUGUCCUACAUAACGCUCACCCGUCCUGUGCUGUUUUCACAUUGCAAACACAUAGAAGCUUCACUUCAGUGUAGUUUUGAUGUUGUCAGGAUAUUUUAGGAACUACAUUUUGCUUUAGAAGACACUGUUGGAACUCUACAACUAAUUUGGGGCUUGGAGACUACAGAUUUUAUUGAUUCUUUUUGUUUGUUUGUUUUCCUUCAGAUAAUUUAUAAUUCAUGAAUCUUUUUUUUUUUUAACUGGGUCUGUGAAGAGUGAUAGUUCAGAUACUUUCACAAUAACAACGGUCAUAUUUCUGUUUUUGGCAUGCCGUGUUGCAGAUGCAGAAGCCCUUGCAGAUUUAUAUACUGUACUGUGUACAUAUCCCUGUAUAUAUCUAUAUAAUAAAACCAAUUGAAACCUAA